GACGCGUGGCAUCUUCCCUUCACCCCGAACACCUAUAAAAGGACCCCAAUCCCCUCUUACACUCUCACUCAAAUUUACUGUACUAAUCAAAAACGGAGUUUCUAUCUCAGUUCGAAAUAGUUUUAGUUUUAACUCUUCUAUCAUAACACAAUUUUAGUUUUCAGAAAUUCUGUUCUCUCAUAACAAUGUCUUCUCAGGAGCAAACCUACAGAGCUGGUGAAGCCAAGGGCCGAACCCAGGAGAAAACAGGGCAAGCCGUGGAGAGUGUGAAAGAGAAGGCCCAGGGCGCGAAGGAGAAGACCUCUGAGACGGCCCAGUCCGCCAAGGAGAAGGCUUCCCAGACGGCCCAGUCCGCUAAGGAGAAGGCUUCAGAGACGGCCCAAGCGGCCAGGGAUAAAGCGGGCCAGAUGGCAGAGUCCGGUAAGGAGACAGCAGAGGCGGGAAAGGAGAAGACAGGAGGGAUUCUGCAGAAGACUGGGGAGCAGGUGAAGGGGAUGGCUCAAGGGGCGGCUGAGGCCGUGAAGCAAACUUUUGGGAUGAGUGGGAACGAAGAGGAGACUGAGGACCCCAACAGGAAUAAGGGUUACUAGUUUUUCUGAAUAUUUGAUAUCUGUGUUUAUCUGUGAUUUGUUUGUUUUAUGUGUUUUCUGUGUUCUUUGAGAUAAGAAGGGAAAUUUCGUAGCCUGGAUGGUUUUGCUGGGUGGGAAGUUUCUUUGUUGUGUGUUCUUGUUGUGUUUGGUUUCGGAGUUUUCAAUGAAAUAUUUGUCUGGUUUGAAAAUAUAUGUUGUUGUCUAAUUGUUAAUCGUUGCUAUUUCAAAAAUUCUAUGUACGAGCAAUGAUUCGUAGAAAAGAG